UGAACUAGCGUAACCGGAAAAUAGAGAAAAUUACAACAAUCUGGUGGGAGGGGCAGAGAUUAACCUGACUAGUAACUACUACUCUAUUAGUACUUUUCGGAUCAACGUCCACAUUUGAAAUCGUUUUCGACGAGGUUGAAAAUGGCUUAUGCGGGAUACGGAGCCGCUCCGGGAGGAAUGCAGCAGCAGCAGCAGGAUCCUCUUUAUGGAUACUUUGCGGCUGUCGCUGGGCAAGACGGCCAGAUCUCCGCAGAUGAGCUGCAACGAUGCCUCACUCAGUCCGGCAUCUCUGGCACUUAUCAACCCUUCAACAUGGAUACCUGCAGACUGAUGAUCAACAUGCUGGAUCGAGACAUGUCGGGCACCAUGGGCUUUAACGAGUUCAAAGACCUGUGGCAGGCGCUCAACGCCUGGAAGAACAAUUUCAUGUCUUUUGACCACGACCGCAGUGGCACGGUGGAAGGUCAGGAGAUGCAGCAGGCCAUCCAUUCGCUGGGUUACAAUCUGAGCCCCAACGCUAGGAACAUGAUAAUGAAGCGCUACGGCAUCAAUGGAAGAAUCACCUUUGACGAUUUUGUGAGCUGUUGCGUUCGACUCCGAGGCUUGACCGAUCACUUCAGACGCCGUGACACAAGUCAUAAUGGCUCCGCCAACUUCCAAUAUGAUGAUUUUAUCCAGGUGACCAUGAGCAUGUGAGAAAGGACUCGGGGAAGGGACACCUUUUUAUUUUUUUACACAUAGACUCAUUUUUUUAUUCAUGAUUUUUUUUUUUUUUUUAAACAAUGGAACCUUGAAAGUCCAACAAUAUUCUAUAAUUUGGCUAACAAAGAAAAAUGUGGGCAAAAAUUCUACAAGAUGGUUCAAUUAAUUUACUACAAUUUGUUCCCACCCUUUACAAACUUUAUUACAUUCCCAGAAUUACAUCUUAACACCAGCAGCCUUCACUAUGUGCACACACUGCACAUUUUAUAACUACAAUUAAGGCAUUGUUUAUCACAAAUUUCCCUCAUCUUGUCGUUACUUGGGUGUGCUAUGGCGCCCUCUUGUGGCAUCAAAGGGCAUUUCAACACCUUAGGGAUUUCCAAUUAUGAAGAUUUGACUUAAAAGGUUCCACUGUGCAAUUAAUUUGUGUAACGUACCACCAUUUUGAAUAUACUGCACACUAUUAAUGUAUUUACACUUAUUAUCAGCCGUCACACUCCUUUAGUUAUUAAAUUGUAAUAAAAAAAAGGUGCUACUAAACUUGGCGGUUCAAGAUGAUCCUCAGACAACCGCAGACUUCAUGAACUGGAAGAAUAAAAAUAUAGUGAUAUAAAAUCAAUCAAAUAUGGAAUAUUAGAAGUGAUUGUGUCAGAUUAAAAAGAUUUUUAUUUUUUUUUUUUUAGAAGUGAACUAUAAAAGUGAGCACUGGGAAUAUUAGAUGACUUUGGCUUGUGUACGGAAUGAAGUGUCCAGUGACAGUAAACACACCUGUUUGAAAGAGAAGCUGGCCACUUGGCAGUCACACGGCAAAUUGAGAAUGUGACUUUGGAAACGAUCUGUUGGAAUAUUAAUAACGUAGAAAAUAAAUAGUAGUGAAGCUAAUCAAACAGCAUUUAAAUGUUAUUAAUGGUUCUUAUGUUUCUGCACUUGAGCAUUAAAAGACAAAU